AUGCAAUGCAAACAAGGAAAUGAAAAAGUCGAUAUGAUCAUUACAUCUAACAUAUCAGCUUCGAGACCAAUCUCAGUAAAAGAAGAUCCUGAUAUACAACAAACUCGACAAACUCUUCUAAUUAUACUUGGGAUAUGUCUUGCUCUUUCUGUGAUAAGUGUGAUAAGUAAUACACUUGUAAAUGAAAUUUCUAAUGGUAUGCAAAAAAAUCAAGGUGGUAUACGAGUUGGUUCAUCUCUAAUUUGGCUACUUUUUCACGGAUUCGGAAUAUUUGUUGCUUAUCAUUAUUCUGAAACAGGUUUAAAAGUGUUUGCUUGGUUGGAAAAUCCUAAACUUGUCGUUCAAAUUGGCUAA